AUGGGAAUCGCGACUUGUUUAGUAUAUGGCGCCUGCCCCGUCGGCUUCCUUUUUUCUCUGCCACUGCCUUCCUGGCUGCAGCCGACGAGUACUCGGGUUGCGCAAUAUGAUCGCCGUAAACGGAAGAAGCUUGACGGGGUCCUUGAUGAGGAUGAAGAUGGUACGGGCACGAUAGAUGCUACAUCGGAGGCUGAUCUUGCUGGGCAUUCCCAGAUCUUGACACCUAACGAGACUCACCAAUACCGAGUUGCUGGUCUCUCUUUGGACCAAGAGCUUCCCGGUGGGAAUUUUCCCCACGGUCCAGCCAAAGACAGCCGUUCCGCCAAAGGGAAGAGGCGAAGUCACCAUUUCAGAGACUUGUCCACGUUAUCAUCACCCAUAUACCCUCCUCGGUCUCCGUCACAUCAAGACAACGUUCGUCUCCAACAUUUAGCAACCCUCACCGCCAUCUUACACCGUUGCUUGCUCCAAAGAGACUAUAUCCGAGCAGGGAGAGCAUGGGGGCUCCUGAUGCGCGAAGAAUUUCGGGGGUUUCCAGCGGACGUACGAAAUGAAGGCAGGUGGGGGAUUGGUGCCGAGAUUCUGUUGCGGCGCGGUCAAACAGAGACGCCAACCGGAUCUCAUCGUUUGUCUUCGGACCCUCCCAGCACCGAUGAUCGAACGUCUUUGCCUUUCACCAAAAAAGGAUUUGCCGACGCGAAAGAAUAUUAUGAAAGGUUGAUCCUCAAUCACCCCUUUACGAAAAGUGUCCCGCAUGCCAUUUCCGCUUUACACUUCUAUUCUGCAAUGUUCGGUCUGUGGGUGUAUGUCACUCAGGAAGAAAGCAAUGCAGCAAGACACAAUAUCAAUCUCAACGAAGAGGAUUCCUCCGAAGAGCUUUCGGAUCAGGAAUCCUCGGAUGGGUUUGGACCAAAUGAGCUCACAGGCAAGAAAAGAGCUCUCGUUGCUGCAGUGAGAGUUCAGGAGCUACAGCAAGCGCAGAAAAUAGCAUCGCGAAUGGAUAUGCUGCUCGCCUCGCCUCCAUACUCUGACUCUCUGGAACUGUUGGAGCUUCGAGGGAUGAUAUCACUUUGGAUUGGUGAUCUCCUUGUAUCUUCCCUCGCAAAUCCACCCGGGGCUGUCGAUGAAUACGAUGAGGAUGCAAUGCAUACAGAUGACCUUUCAGAAUCUCUCGAAACUAGGCGUGAACAAAGGCUCGCAAUAGAGAAAAGAGAAACCGAAAUCCAGAAAGCCAAUGAUUUCUUUGAAAGGGCAAAGAAACAUGAGCGAGGAGUUGCGUACAAUCUGGAGCAGUUGCAUAUUGAUGAUCACUCGCCUUUUGGUUGA